AGCGGCACGCUCGGGCGGUAUCGCGCACUACCCUCCUGGUUGCCCCUCGGGACUGGAAGAGCCCUCUUGGCACCGUGGGGCUUGUCUGUGGGUGCCGCGGGAGCGCUGACUUUCCCUGCGUCCAUGAGUCUCCGGGUCCGCGGGAGAGUCUGAUGGCGUCGCCUGGCAGCGGCCACCGUCAUCCUCCGGGAGCGGUACUGCAUUGACUUUCAGGUGUGUGAGAAAUCACUGUGGCCCACAGCAACCAGUAGGAAAAAAAAAGUCAUACCUGCAAUAUGGCACCCAUUUUAGACUGGAAGAAGCUCAUGAAAGUUGAUCCAGAUACUCUGCCUCGUCAAGAGGAACUAGCCGACAGAUUGCUGGAUAUUAUAUUCAAGGUUGAUGGGAAAGACUUAAAAAAUGAAAGUCCAGAAAAAAUGAUACACCUUUUUAAAAUUACUCAGUCACUACUGAAGAUGAAAACUCAAGAGGUAGAACUGGCACUAGAAGAAGUUGAAAAAGCGGGGGAAGAGCAAGCCAAAUGUGAAAAUAAUUUUAAAACCAAGCUGAUGAAACUUCAAAAUGAAUUAGAGAUGGCACAAAAAUCUGCUGGUGGUCGUGAUACUCGUUUUUUGCGUGAUGAGAUCCGCCAACUGGAAAAACAAUUGGAGCAAAAAGAGAGACAGUUAACAGAUACAGAAAGAGAGCUGGAAAAGGAGAAGAAAGUGAAUGAACAGCUUGGUCUUCGAAUUGAAGAUGCUGAAAAUGAAAACAUCAGAUUCAGGAGAGAGAAUGAACAAUUGCGUCAGGAUGUGGUUGACUAUCAGAGGCAAAUAGAUUCUCAAAAGGAAGCAAUUCAAUCACGAAGAGGAGAGGUUUCUGACUACACAUCACAGCUGUCCAAAAGAAGCUCUGAGCUUGUCCAGUAUUUGGAUGAAAUUCAGAAUUUGACUGAAGCUAAUGAGAAGCUGGAGAUUCAAAACCAAGAAAUGAGGAAAAACCUUGAGGAAUCAGUGCAAGAAAUGGAGAAGAUGACUGACGAAUAUAGCAAAAUGAAACUGAUUGUGCAACAGUCUGAUAUUAUUAUGGAUGAGUUAAGAAAAGAGAAAGAUCGGUACAAAUUUCAAGUUCAGGAUCUUUCAGACCAGCUGAAAGCAAAGAAUGAGGAAGAUGAUCCACUCAUGGCAGCUGUAAAUGCAAAAGUUGAAGAAUGGAAGAAAAUCUUAGCUUCAAAAGAUGAUGAACUCCUAGAGUAUCAGCAAAUGUUACUUACCAUGGAAGAGAAAAUGAAAAUGGUCCAACUUGAUGUAGACAGAAACAGUAUACUGUCCCUUCAGCAGGGUGUGCAAGAGCGAGAUGCUCAGAUAAGAUUGCUCACUGAGCAAGUUGAACAGUAUACGAAAGAAAUGGAGAAAAAUGCAUUCAUUAUUGAGAAAUUAAAAUAUGAUCUCCAAAAAGAUGAAGGUCACUCAUCUCUUGCUCAGCAGAACCAAAUUGGGGAUAUACAAGAAAAGUUAAAAAUGCUAGAAGAGAGAACUACAGAGGCUGAGAAAUCAGCAGAAUUGGCAGAAGCACAUGCUAGAGAAAAAGACAAAGAACUUGUUGAAACUUUGAAAAGAAUGAGAGACUAUGAGCUGGGAAUAUAUGGUUUGGAAGAAGCUGUUGCUGAAAUCAAAGAUUUAAGAAAGCAAGUCAAAAUACGAGAACAUGAGAUUGAGUCAUUAAUUAAGGAAGUCAAUAAACUUGAACUUAAAAUAAAUGACUUCCUUGAUGAAAAUGAAGAACUCAGAGAGCGCUUAGGUCUUGAGCCAAAGACAAUGAUUGAUUUAAAUGAAUUCAGAAACAGCAAAGCACUGAAGCAGCAGCAAUAUAGAGCUGAAAACCAGAUUCUUUUGCAAGAGAUUGAAAGACUAGAAGAGGAAAGAAUUGAACUGAAAAAACACAUUCGUAAGUUGGCUCAGGAGAAAGGAGGAAGAGUUGCAACAAUAGGAUUGGACCCUGAUAAUAUGCAACUGACUGACAGCUUUACUGAAGAAAAGGGAAAGAAUACCAGGAAGUUGGAUUUCUUGAGCAGACAUAAUAUUGCUGAAGUAGAAGCAAAGAAUGAAUAUCUUGCAACUGAAUUACGUGAGAGAGAGAGAGAUUUGGAGAAGAACAGGACUGUAAUAGCCAAAUUUCAAUCUAAAUUAAAAGAGUUAUCAGAAGAGAAUAAACAACUUCAACAAGGAAUGAAAGAAAUAUUGCAAGCCAUCAAGGAAAUGCAAAAUGAUUCUAGCAUGAAGGGAGGAGAAACAGCCUUAAUAAUCCCUAGUCUGGAACGCUUAGUUCAUGCAAUGGAGUCAAAGAAUUCAGACGGGAUCUUUGAUGCUAGCGUGCACUUGAAAGCCCAGGUUGACCAGCUUACAGGACGAAAUGAAGAAUUGAGACAGGAGCUAAAAGACACUCAGAAGGAGGCAACAAGUUUGUCUAAUCAGCUGGCAAGUGCCAAUGAAAAGAUUGAACAAAUGAAAAAUGAAAUUUGCUUACUACAUCAGUCAGAAGGUGCCAAUAUUGUCUUCCAAACAGUGAAUCUUCCAGAAGGAAUGGCUCCUUCAAGUGUUAAUACAAUUAAUUCUCUGAAUGAGUAUUUAAUACAUCUUACACAGGAACUGGAGAACAAAGAAAAGUUACUUAAACAAUUAGAAGAUGCAGUAGAGGACUACAAGCGAAAAUUUGCAGUAAUUCGUCAUCAACAAGGCUUGCUGUAUAAAGAAUAUCAAAGUCAAAAGGAAAGCUGGCAAAAAGAAUCAGAAAAUAUUAAAGAGGAAAUGAAAAAACUAGAAGAGCAAAAAGAACAGGAUGCCACAAAAAUAAAGGCAUAUUCUAAUUUACUCGAUGCACUUCAGAUGGAUCCUGAUGAAACAAAGAAAGUACUUGCAGAAAAUAAUAGAAAAAUAACUGUUUUACGAGUUAAUGAAAAAUCACUAACAAGGCAGUGCACCACUUUACUUGAAAUGGAACGGCACCUCAGAAAAGAAAACGAGAAACUAAAGGGUGAAAUAACACAUAUGGAGACUGCAGUUACAGGGAAGAUUGGAAACUUGCAACGAUUCAAGGAAAUGGCUUGCUUUAAGAUUGCAGCUCUGCAAAAAGUGCUGGACAGUAGUGUGCCAUUGUCUGAGCUAGAAGUGGCCAAUAAGCAGUACAAUGCAUUAACUGCUAAAUACAGAGAGAUGUUACAAAAAGAUAAUUUGCUUGUGCAAAGGACAACAAACAUGGAACACAUGGAGCGUGAGAAUGAGUCCUUGAAAGCACAGAUAAAUUCAUUGAAUAAGGAACUGGAGAUCACAAAAGAAAAACUUCACACUGUAGAAGAAGCUUGGGAACAGAUGACUAAACUGGGGGAUGAAAAUGCCAUGGACAAAGCCACAAAAGCAAUAACCAACAGUGAGAUUUUGUCCAUUUCUAAGAAAAUCACUAUGUUGGAAAUGAAAGAACUAAAUGAAAGACAGAGAGCAGAACAUUCACAACGAAUGUAUGAACAUUUAAGGAGUACUGUAAAGCAAAUAGAAGAACGUAAUUUUGAAUUGGAAACAAAAUUUGCUGAGCUCACCAAAAUCAAUCUUGAGGCACAGAAAGUGGAACAAGAUUUAAGAGAUGAACUGUCAAAGAGUGUAAGUAAGGCAGUAAGUGAUGCAGAUAGACGACAAAUUAUGGACCUAGAGAAGCGUGAGAUGGAGCUCAAGAUUGAAGUAUCAAAGUUAAGAGAACUGUCUGAUGUAGCACAAAAACAAGUUGAAGUUCUGGAGGCACGCCAGCAAUACAGAGAUAAAGAAGUGGAAUAUCUUAGAAUGCAAAUUUUAGAUUAUCAGGCACAGUCAGAUGAAAAAGCAAUUAUUGCAAAACUGCAUCAAGAUAUCAUAGCCCUUCAAGGUAGUGAGUCUGUUGCUGUGGGCAAAUUGGAGAAGUUUAAAUUGAAACUACAGAAGAUGGAGAUCCAUAAUCUACGUUUAGAGCAGAAACUUGAUGAGAGAGAUCAAGCCUUAUAUUUUGCCCGACUUGAAGGAAGAAAUAGAGCCAAACAUCUACAACAGACGGUUCAGUCUUUGCGGCGACAGUUUAGUGGUGCUCUGCCUUUAGCACAACAAGAAAAAUUCUCUAAAACAAUGAUUCAGCUACAGAAUGACAAACUGAAGAUCUUGGAAGAAGUUCAGCAUGCCCAGCAGGAGCGUCGAAAUGCAGAAAACAAAGCAUUAGAGCUGGAGUUGAAACUGAAAAGUUUAGAAGAAUUAGUAAGUGCAUUGAAGGAUACAAAAGGAGCUCAAAAGGUAAUUGAAUGGCACAUGAAAAUGGAGGAACUCCAUCUGCAGGAACUUAAACUCAGUCGAGAAUUAGUGAAGCAAAAGGAAGAGGUGAAGUAUUUGCGUAAUAUCAUUUCUGAAUAUGAAUGUACAAUCAGCAACCUGGAAGAAGAAAUUGUACAGCAGAACAAGUUUCAUGAAGAAAGGGAAAUGGCUUGGGACCAGAGAGAAGUAGAACUGCAGCGCCAGUUAGACCAGUAUGAUCAUCAACAAACUGAAAUACUUAGCACAGCUUUAAAGUUAGAAGAGGCUACAGGCUCUGUUCCAGAUCCUGCUUUGCCAAUCCCACAACAACUUGAGUUGGCUUUAAGAAAGAUUCAGGAACAUAUUCGAACAAUCCUGGAAACUAGGGCAACCUGCGGAUCACUGGAGGAGAAAUUAAAAGAAAAGGAGACUGCUCUGUGGAAAGCUGAACAAAAUGUUAUAUCAAGGGACAAAGUUAUAAAUGAAUUAAGACUUCGAUUACCUGCAAUAUCAGGAGAGAAAAUAAUGGCUGACUUUAGCAAACAAGAAGAUGACUCAGAGUACCAUCAUGCCAUGAAAAUUGCUCAUCAAACCAUUGCAAAUAUGCAAGCAAGAUUAAAUCAAAAGGAGGAAGUGUUAAGAAGAUACCAACAUAUGCUUGCUAAAGCAAGAGAGGAACAAGAGGAAAUAGCAAAGAAGCAUGAGGAAGACAUAAGAGUACUACACCAGAAGUUAGAUUUGUACACUGACAAUUCCCUUAAUAAAUUCAAAGAGACUGCUGUGGAGUUAGGGAAAAAGACUUCUAUGUCCCUUUCCAACAGCAAAUAUUUUCAUCACUUAGAGCAAACUGUAGCAGAACAGGAUCAUUCUCUUGCUUCACUUGUUGGAAAAUUAAAGAAAACAUCAUCUGAUUUGGAGAAACAAAAACAAAUUACUGUAUUGAAAAUCAAUGAAUUUGAGAUAAUCAGAGCCCAGCUUCAAGAAAAGCACAUACUUGAUGUGGAACAAAUUAAAGAAGAAGCAAAUGAACUGAGGAACAUAUUAUCUCAGAAGGAGAAGGAAUUAGCAAAUGUUAAAGCUGAACUAGAGGUCCAAAAAGAAGCAAAUAAUAGAGCACCCACAGCAACACUGAAAAACCUGGUGGAACAGCUGAAGAGCCAGUUAGCCAUAAAAGAGAACCAGCACAAAGCUUUGAGUAAAGCACUUCUAGAACUCCGAGCAGAAAUGACUGCCAAUGCUGAACAGCAAAUUAUUUCUGCUGCAUCACAAAAAGAGGCAUAUAUGAAUGUCCAAGAGAUUGUUGACAGAGAAACAAAGGGGCUUACGACACAGAUAGAGGAAUUGAAUAAUCAGAUUACAAAACUUACAGAUAACCUUAAAAUAAGUAAAAGCAAGGAAACUUCAUUGUCUAAUGAAAGGGAUGAGUUAAACCAAGAGCUUCAGAAGAAAGAAAAAGCAUUUUCUAAAAUAUCGAGGGAAAAAAAUGAAAUAGAAAAAGAAAAUGAAGAACUGAAGAACCGGAUUAGGAGGCUAAGCAGUAGCAUUCAGAGCAAAGCUGAUGAACAAAAUCUGAUAGAUGUGCUUCAGAAAAAAAUUAAGAAGUUGGAAAGUGAACUUGAGAAGAAGUGUGAAGAAACAGAAAAGAAGGGUCUAAGAGAAGACAAGACCUCCAGGGAGGAAAUAAUUAGAUGGGAUGAAGGUAAAAAAUGGCAAAUCAAAAUGGAAGGAUUGCGGAACAAACUAAGGGAAAAGGAAAAAGAAGCAGAUGCUUUAUCUAAACAGUUGAAUACAUUGAAAGAAAUUUAUACAAAGACUGAAAAAGAGAAAGUUGCUCUACAGAAGAGACUGAAAACUACUGGUGUCACUGUUGACCGUGUUGUUGGAGUAAGAGCCACAGAAACUGAAAAAGAAGUGGAAGAACUAAGAAAACGGAAUCUAGAGUUAGAAAAUGAAGUUGCACACAUGAGAACACUGCAAGCAAUCCCACGAGACUCUGUUGUAGAAGAUUUACACUUCAAAAAUCAAUGCCUCCAGGAAAAGCUUCAUGCAUUGCAGAGACAAUGUUCAAGAGAGACAUUUUUGAGACCCUUGACAUCAGGAAUAAGAUCAGGUGAUCAGUAUCUAAGAGAACAAGAAGUUUUAAAGGAGAAUUUCAGAUUGUCAUCUGAAAACAUUGAGCUAAAAUUCCAGCUAGAGCAGGCCAAUAAAGAUUUGCCAAGACUAAAGGACCAAGUAGAUGACUUAAAAGAAAUGUGUGAACUUCUCAAAAAAGAGAAAGCAGAAGCUGAACGAAAGCUGGGCAGCAUUAGAGGGGCUGGUAGAAGUGGAAAGACAGUCCCAGAACUGGAAAAAACAAUUGGCUUGAUGAAAAAGGUUGUUGAGAGAGUCCAAAGAGAAAAUGAAGAACUGAAAAAAGCUCCAGCUGUGGUUUCUAAUGAGAAAUUACUUGGUCUUGAGCAGGAAAAUGAGAGGCUAAAGUCUGAAAUGGAAAAAAUGAAACUUGAGCUGGAGGGCCAGCUGAGUGUGCGUUUUGAGUCUAAAACCAAAGCAACGGAAAAACUCAUUACUGAAAAUGAAAGACUGCGUAAAGAACUGAAAAAGGAAGCUGACAGUGGAGAGAAGCUACGAAUAGAGAAGAAUAACUUGGAGAUAUUAAAUGAGAAAUUAAAUGUACAGCUGGAGGAAACCAUUAAGAAGUUAAAUUUGGCUGAGAGCCAGCUUGAUGGAGCUGACAGCAGAGGCUGGAAGUCCAUUGUAACAAGAAUGCAGGAAACUAAGUUGAAGGAAAUGGAAACAGAUAUUGCUAAAAAAACCCAAAGCAUUGCUAACCUUAAAAGGCUGCUUCAGGAAGCAACAGAACGUGAGCACAACGCUGAUAAAAAUUUACAAGACCUGAAAGAACAAAUUGAGCAUCUCAAACAUCUUCCUGAAGGUUCAGGGUCAGAGGAAAACAUCAUCAAGGAACUUCAGCUUUUAAGAUUAACUAAUAAUCAAUUAGAGAAAGAAAAAGCAGAACUAGUGAACCAGAUGGAGGAUUAUAAGCAUGAAAAACACAAUUCUACAAAUGAAGGUCCUGCAGCUGGACAUAAUGAAACUGUAGAGAAGGAUAAAAUUGAUAAACUAAUGACAGAAAUGGCUGACCUCCAGUCACAGCUGGAAGUUUCAGAGCUUGAAAAACAGCAAUUAAAGGAAGAGACAAAAAAGCUAAGAAGAGAACUAGAAACCUAUAGUCCUUCCUUUUUUGAAGAACUUGAGGAUCUGAAAUAUAACUACAAAGAAGAAUUAAAAAAAAAUAUUAUCUUAGAAGAGAGAUUGAAGCACCUUUAUGAACAGUUUGGCAUUCAGAAUAAUCCAGGCAACAAUUCUAUUGACUGGGGUAGUGUUCAGUAUCCUCAUCAUUGAUAAACACAGACAAUUUCAUUUUUUGUAUCUUCGAACUGUACAAAUCUCUUGAAGUUAUGUGAGUUUGCACACACCUAAGAGCGCAGAAUUGGAUUAUUCAACAGUUCAUGGUCACUAUACACAACAAUCAAAAUAAAAGUGAGUUUUACCUGUCCCAGCUCCUGUGCAAUAAUGUAUUUUAAUUCAGAAUGGUUAAUUUGGGUAAUAAGGUGUCAGGUGAAAUUGAAACCUUGGGUUUCUCUUAGAAGUUAAUAAACCCUUAAACUGUCAGCAUACUAAGUAUGCUAAGUCCCAGAUCAGUAAGAAUACAUAAUUUGCUCUUGUCCUGUGCAACCAUAAUGUUUAACUCCGAACUCAGGGUCAGUGUGCUAGAUGUGUGUUUUUACAUCCCUGGUUAUUUUUACCUCAAUGUUAAAAAAUCCAAGAACAAAGAACUGAAAAUGAAGCUAUACUAUU